AACGCAUUCUGCCGCUCCUGUACUCAUAAACAGAUGGUCAUCGUUUAGGCUUACACGUCAACUUCUAAUUUCACUUCGGCAUGGCAGAUCCUUUGAGUGUCGCAGCUGGUGUCGUUGGUCUGGUCGUCCCAGCCGUGCACGGAUUGAAACUUCUCAAGGCUGACCUGGAUCGCAUCGUCGACGCGCCGGCUGCUGUAGCCAGACUGAGGGAUGAUGUCGCCUCACUCGACGGCAGCCUGGCUCAAUUCAAAGACAUCGACCAGUCUCUCUGGGCUUCCCUAGGCCCUGCCGUCUUACGGCAGUCGGCUACUGCUCUGCAAAGCUGCGAGUCCGUCUGUGAUACGAUCCGAGGCGAUCUCCACCGCUGGACGAAGCGCUCUACCGGGGGCAGCUUGUCCUGGCGCGACCGAGUCAACGUCGGCUUUUUCAAGGAGCAGCAGUUGAAGGCAUACGCCAGCCAGCUGCAGACGCAGAAGCUUACCUUUACUAUGGUUGUGGGCACAGCUAAUCUUUACAGUGCCCUCUGCAACACACGCUUGACAGAAGAGCUUCGUGGAGCCAUCGUCAUACAGCGGCAGAGCAUUGAGGCCGCCGGCAAAACUAUACACUCCGACGUCGCCAAUCUGCAGCGUGCUCUGGAACAAGCAAGUAUAAGCUCUGAUGCCGGCUCCGCUGAAUAUGAAGAGGAUCAGGAAGCUGCUGCCACCACUCUCGAAGGGCUCCAAGAGACGCUGCGUAUCUCUCAGGCAUUGCUCGCAGAGCUUCAGAAGAAGGCACAGGAGCAAGAUGUUGCACGUGUUUCAGAACACAGCGGUGCAAGGACGACGAUCACAUUUGGGAACAGCACCAACAGCAUGCAGGUGGGCUAUAAUCAUGCCCCCAUUACGUGGAACAGCAAGCCGUGA